AGUUCGAUGGUUAACCUGUGCUUGUAGUCGCGUAAAAUGAUUCUGAGCUUUUUCCCGACAGUUUCUCGUCGACAGUUGAGGCGGUUGUAAGGCAGUUAAUUUGGUUCUUGAAUUAACUUGGCCAAGUGAAGCAAAAAUACUCUCGUAUACCUUCUUAGUAACUUAAAUCUUUAAAGAUUUUGUUUUAAUUUCCGAAUAAGGUUCCAGGAAUUCGAGGGAGUGCCCAAAUUGUGUUUCUCAACUUAAAUCUAAGCUUCAUAAUUGUUCUUUAAACUUCGAAAACGUUCUUUUAAGAUACAAACAAAAGUGACUUGUGUAAAGUGAAACAAUUGAAUUUAAUUGCUCACACUGUUUUGAAUAUUGAAUCUUUCCAACAAGAGAGGAAGUUUCAGAGAAGAGUCAUGGUGAACCGAAUUGGUCACGUGAACGAGGGUUACUAUGGAACACUUGGAUCAACUACCUCAAUUCCAGGGGCAUACAAAAAUGGCUCCACGACAGUUUCGACAAUAAGCUUAAAUAACAGUGAAAAAGCUUCGAGUGUUGAAGACCAUGAGCUUGAGCAGAAUCCUGAUGAAAAGACCACAUUAGGACGCGACCAGUGGAGCAACGAUCUGGAAUUCCUAAUGUCUUGCAUAGCGCUAUCAGUGGGUCUAGGAAAUGUAUGGAGAUUUCCAUUCACAGCCCUUGAAAAUGGCGGCGGGGCUUUUGUAAUUCCCUACAUCAUUGUCCUAUUCCUCGUAGGCAAACCGGUCUACUAUAUGGAAAUGAUUUUGGGCCAAUUUUCCAGCCGAGGAAGUGUUAAUGUUUUCGAUUUCUCGCCAAUAAUGAGAGGUGUUGGUUAUGGCCAAGUUCUGGCAACCGGCAUCGUCACAACUUACUAUGCAACUCUGAUGGCUAUAACGCUGCGUUAUUUGGUUGCAUCGUUCUCGACAGUUCUGCCAUGGAGCUAUUGUCGUGAGGAGUGGGGGAGUAUGUGCGUCGAUUCUAAGAUGAAAGGCAAUGAAACAUUGAUGGAAAAUGUCACCAGAAUUCCAUCGGCACAAUUUUAUUUUACAAAUAUAGUUCUUCGAGAGAAAGCUUCGAUUGAUGAUGGUAUCGGUUACCCAAGCUGGGAAUUAUCUUUGUGUUUGCUGGCUGCUUGGAUUAUGGUGGCUGCUAUCAUGAUUCAGGGAGUAAGGAGUUCAGGAAAAGCAUCAUAUUUCCUGGCAUUGUUUCCCUACGCUGUGAUGUUGAUUUUGCUUAUUCGGGCAUUGACGUUGCCAGGAGCAUUCGAUGGAGUUCUUUACUUUAUCAAACCACAGUGGGAUAGAUUGUUGGAUCCGAAAGUUUGGUAUGCUGCAGUGACGCAAGUCUUCUUUUCUUUGGCUAUCUGCUUUGGAAAUAUCAUAAUGUAUGCGUCGUACAAUCGAUUCGGACACAACGUAUAUAGAGAUGCCAAUAUUGUGACAACCCUUGACACUUUCACGUCACUGCUUUCGGGAGUGAUUAUUUUUGGUAUCCUUGGAAAUCUGGCCUACGAAAGCAACACAACCGAUAUCAAGAGUGUGGUUAAAGGCGGUACCGGUCUUGCGUUCGUAUCUUAUCCAGAUGCAAUUUCAAAAUUCAAUUUCGUACCACAGCUAUUUUCAGUAUUAUUUUUCCUCAUGCUGUUUGUCCUUGGAAUCGGCAGCAAUGUUGGAAUGGCUUCAUGCAUCAUGACGGUAAUUAAAGACAAGUUUUCAUCGACCAAGAACUGGGUGAUUGUGAUGGCUAUAGCUGUAGUUGGAUUUUCAGUGGGAUUGAUCUACUUAACGCCUGGUGGCCAGUUUCUGUUGAACUUUUUGGACUUUUAUGGUGCAUCGUUUGUGGCAUUGGUGUUGGCAAUAGUGGAGCUCGUAGCUGUUGGUUGGAUAUAUGGAGUUAAACGUUUGUGCCAGGAUAUUCACUUCAUGCUUGGUCUCAAGACUAGCAUUUACUAUAGAAUUUGCUGGGCUGUGGUUACACCAGCAGUAAUGGCUGCCAUUCUUGUUUACACUUUUGUAGACUACAAACCAUUAGACUACAAUGGCUACAUAUAUUCUGAUGGACUUUACAUUUUCGGUUGGUGUUUGUCAGCAUUCGGAAUACUUCAAGUGCUAUUUUGGGGUAUUUAUGCAGUUGCUCAACAACCAAAGGGAACACUUCUUCAAAAGAUUGUGUUCGCAUUGAGACCACAAUCGGAUUGGGGUCCCCUAGACAAGAGAUUAUUCCAUUCUUAUAAACUCAAUCAGAACGAUAACAGUGCGAGGAUGUUUAGGAAAAAUGGAUUUUGGUUUAAAAUCUACGAUAAUAUAUUUGGAUAGAUAUUUAAUUUUAUAAUAAAAGAAAGAAGAUAUUGUAUUAUAACUACUUAAGCUUUAAGUUUAAAAAAAUGUUUUCAUUUUCAUAAGAAUAAAAAACGAAAAAUAAAAGAAGUUUUAAAGGAAA